GGCCUGCAGACAUUCGUUUGAGCUUGCCCGGCCGAGAGGGCGGCGAAGUCAUGAGAUCACCACCCGGGACGAAGCUUAGCUUUCAUGCGCUACCCGUAGGGAAAUUGAAAAUCGAGAUCAGGAGUCAUCACACCGACGCAUUAGUAGAUGGGGGAGCAGAAAUCACUCUUAUAAGGAGAGAUUUCGCAACGAUCACGGGAUGUACGGUGAACAAGGAAGUAACAGGGAGCAUCCGAGGAGCUGGCGGGGAAAUUCCGUUCGCUGGGUACGUCACGAAGUGUGCUGUGAAGGCAGGGGUCAGGGAAUCGAUCUGGUCGUUUCAGUGGAUGACUGUAAUGGAGGAAAUGGACCACGACAUAAUCCUCGGAAGACCGUGGUGCGCGAACGUAGAGAUGAUAGGCAGGCACUUGCACGAUGGCUCGUACAUGGUAGACAUAGAGGACCCUGUGACUGGCCGGGGAGAGGUCCUUCGACUCCUUGGAACGGGAGGAGACCCCCUGAAGGGGAAAUUGGCAACAUGGUCGCCGUCGUUCGAGGAUAGCACACGGAAAGGGGCUUUCGCAAUGAGAGAAAGGGUAGAAAUCAUGAUUGAGGAAGCAUUCAACAAAAAGGAGUGGAUCAAGAUGGGCCUGCCCCAGAAGAAGAGGAGGCAGGAGGACGAAGUUCUAGGUGUUAUGGUAGCGGAAAAGGAGUCAGAGGUCGAACUUGGUGCUAGCCUGCCCAAACGGAAAGAAGUACGCAUAGACGUGCUGGAAAUCACACUCGAGAUCCCCGAUCUAUUGCAACUCAUCAAGGCCCUCAAAUACCACAAGGUGAGAGUGGAUUCGACAGCCUUGGCCAAGUACGAAAGGGAGGUGCAAAAGGGGUAUUGCCUGAAUGGGAAACUAGUUAGUAUUCAACCACGAGUCGUAGAGGCGACGAGGGCAAUCCCGACUGUUCAUUUUUUAGGAGAAAGAUCCCGGAAGGAAGUGUUCGAAAGUACAAGACGGAAGCCUGAUCCGGCAAAAACCGACAAGAUAUCACAAUGGCCGACACCGUUGCGCACGACAACGGAGGUAAGGGCAUUCCUAGGCGUAGUCGGCUUUUGGAGGAUCUUCAUUAAGAACCUUGCCAAAAUUGCUGAGCCUAUCCGGGCUAUGAUCAGGGAAGAAGGAACCAUGGAUUGGACGGAGGAGCGAGAAGGAGUUGUCCAAAGGCUGAAGGACGUAUUGACAUCUGAGACAGUCACCCUGUCCGCGCCUUGUUUUAAUGACGAAGUGAGACGACCCUUCAUCCUAGAGACGGAUGGAGGACCUUUGGUCGUAGGAGGUGUGUUGAUUCAAAGGGAUGAGGGAGGAAAAGAGAGGCCGAUUAGGUUCGAAAGUAAAACCCUGAACUCCGUAGAACGGCGGUACUCGCAAUUCAAGAAAGAAGUCCUAGCCAUCCUGCGUUGCCUUAAGACCUUCCAGGCCUACCUAUUUGGGAGGCGGUUCAUCUUAAGGAUCGAUCCGACGAAUGUCGCAAAGACUCUAAAGAAUUACAGUUCUAUAGAUCCGACGGCAGGGAGAUGGGUAGGAUUCAUCUGGCAGUUCGAUUACAAGAUUGAACGGAUUGCUGGAAUCCGCAACAAGGCAAAUGGGCUGAGUCGGGUUUGCAUAACUCCCAAAGGGAUGGAGGAUGCAGAGCCCAUAGACGCCUUCCUCGAAUACGAAGGAGAGACUCUCGUGGUGGAUAACGAAAUGAUGAGCGAGGGAUGCACAUCGGGAGGACUAUUGAUCCAGACUUUGGAGAAGGGGGCACCCACCGUAGUAACAGAGCUGACAGAAAGACCAGUCACCACUCGAGGACACAGAGAAGAAAAUGACUCAUGGAGAGCGAUAGUAGGACCGAAAGAGGAGCUAAUAGCAAUGGCGGUCGAAGGAGGCCGGGAAGCAGUGGUGAGUUUAGUGGAAUCUUGGGAAAGGAAAGAGUUGCGAUGGGUGGUAAAUCAGAUGCAGGAAGGAAAGGAUGGGGGCAAGGAAGGAGAGGAGUUUUUCUAUGUCCAAUCCUACGAAGGGCUCUUUCGGGAGAUCGAUUUGUUGUUGGUAGGAAACAAACAACCUACAGAAGUAAGUAUUAAGGCAAAAGAAGAGGCCGAAAGGUAUAUCCUGGAUGCGCGAGACAACUUGAGUGGGUUCGUGGAGGCAGUCGCCCUCAAGAAAAAGACAGGGAAGAGUGUGGCGGACUGGAUAGAAGACUUAUACUUAAGGGAUCCGUUCGUCAGGAGGUUUAUAGCAGACAAUGAGACGGAAUUUGUGAACUAAGAAGUAUUGGGGAUGCUUAAGGGACUCUGCGUUCCGAUCAAACUCAUCGAGCCAUAUCACCCUGAGGCCAAUGCAUCUGUGGAAAGGGGGCACCGAACCUUGAAGAACACGAUUGCAAAGCUCGCAGCAGACCAUCUGGGGAACUGGCCUAGGUGUCUUAAGCAGACUGUCUUUGCGGAGAAUAUGACUCCUAAAAGGACAACAGGAUGUAUCCCGACAGAGCUUUGGUACGGAAAAGAGAUCGAAUUUCCUGUGGAAGCCUUGGUACCUGCCUGGAAUAGGUUAGAUGAUGAUCCGCAAAUAACCACUGACGAAUUAAUCGAGGCAAAAUGUCAACAAAUCCUUAAGAAUGAG